AUCUCAUCGCCACUCCUCUCCUUCUUUUAUCCAGAUCGCCAAUUCCUCCGCUCAUCCUAAUCCAGCGCUGGUCCUCUUCUUCUUCUCCACCCAAUCUAGCCAAGAGCUGCACGUGCGCGGGGCCGUGGUGGCUGGCCAGCGGAGCACCCCCUAAUCGGCGAUGAACCCAGAGGCCGCCAAGGCUGGCACCUUGGAGCUCCUCUGCCUCGUCCUGAUCUGGCCGUCCGCCCCAGUCGUCGGCCCCGUGCUCCGGAUCAGGCCAGAAGCCUUGCCUACGACCUGAUUCAGACUGCGUAGCCUUCGCCACCUGCGCCAUGCCCCAGAGGUUCGGCCGAUCCCGCGUCGUUCAUUCUCGCUUCUUCCUUUGCUCGCGGCUCGCGUUCGUCCAACCACAUCCUCUCACUGCCUCGCUCCUCCACCACCACUCCUCUCCCUUCUUCCUCCCCUCCCUGCCAGCCAGGGCACUCUCCCUCUCCCACCUCCGUUCGCCGCAGGUGAGUGCGCGGCUACGGGUGUCUGGCCAGCAGCAACAGCUGCGGCAGUUCCGCGCCCGGAGAAGCCGCGCGCUGGGCGAUGUGGAGGACGACGACCUGCCGCUUCCUCAUUCGGGCGUCCUCCUCUGCGCCGUCGAGAGACGGCCAUGGCCGCCCGAUGCCCGAGCGCCGCCGGCCAAGGAUCCGCGGGCGUCCAGACCCCCUCCACGCCAUCCCCAUCUCGCCAGAGACCUACACCAAGUCCCAUCCAGCGCCCGCGCCACCCUUCGGGCCCCGCCCCGCAGCUCUGCAGCCCGAGCGCUUCGGCCGCCUCGCACCCGAAGCAGAGGAGAGGAGCUCCCUACCACGAGCCUCUCCAGCCCCGGCAAACCAGCAGGCCGACCCCGCCUCCUAGUCACUUCCCUCCUUCCUUUUUUUCCCGCCGGGACGCAUCACCCCUUCCUUGGCUUCUGCGGGAAGCCGGCGGCAAGCUGCGGCCCGUGCCCGGCGGUGGAGAAGGCAAAUGGAUAAGCGGUGGUGGUGCCCGGUGGUGAAGCAGUUUAAUUAAGGACCGUGGGUAGAAUUGUAACAAAUGAAGGGGUGUUUAUGUAAAAACGAAGCGUUUUCUCACGUACCCACUUAAAAUAGGAUUGCGGAUUGAAUUCCCAAAAAUGAAGGGGCUUUUCUGCAAAAGUGCAGACGAA